AUUUGUUUAAAGUGAUGUAAUAUCGUAGCGCUUACUUCAGGACUUUUGCCCUCAUUUGUCAAAUCUUGGUUUUUUGGGAGUUUUUCCCUGUAUACGAAGACCUCUUAGCAAUGAAUGACGUUGCCAAGUUUCCAGAAGAGUUAAAAUUUCUUGACUUGAUGGCAUGCAUCCGAGGAGAUAGGAGUCACUUGGGGUCGAACAGCAUUCGAACUGGGCCUUACUUGAUACGAUACUCUACUUUCCUGAACCAUUUGCAAAGAAUUGCUGUUCAUUGUGGCCUUCAGUUGUCUUCAGGCUCCUGUGUUGGUGGGGGAAAUUCUGCCGGUUCUUUGGUAUGGCGACUCACAUCUGAGUGUUUUGCAGUGGUAGUGGCUGCUACGAAUAACUCUGUCUGUGGUUCUGACUCAGCAUACGGCACUUCUCCCAAACUCACAGAUCUUAUUUCGAUCGCGGCAGUUUAUUUUGAAUUCAAUCAUGACAAAGCUGUGCCCUGUCCGGAAUUGGCAACGGAUCUUAGCAUGGGGAGAUACAGUUCAUUGCUUCAACAUGUAGAUAAUCUGCUAACAAUAUAUGCAGUUCCGGGCGACAAGAUUGAUCGCGCUCGAACUUAUUUGUGUUUACAAGCUCUUGAAAAGGAUUUGAGUAUGUUAACUCAAGCAAUAAGAACUGACUUGGAGAAUAAUAUGGACGCUAUAAACACAUUCAGGCGGGCUCCGAACCAAAAACAUGACGUAUUCAGUAUGCGUGACCUGGUAAAUCGUUCACUUGUUGGGCAUUUCGUUGGACGUACAGGAGGUCGAUUGGCUCGUCUUACUUAUUUAGUAACAUCAGCACAAGCUAUGAUAAGUAAUGCAGCUGGUGUCUUAAAAAAUGAUAUGCAAAUGAAUCCAAAGAAACCAUGUUCUACGAGCGUUGGUUGUGGGUCACCUGACGGUUUAAUUGGUGGAUAUAUGGCGCGUAUAGGGCUUUGUCCCAGACUAUCAUAUGCUGGAGAUACUUCUACUGCAUCUCACUCCACAGUUCAGCGAUUACCAUUCAUGCCACUAGUUACAUUGCAAAAAGAUGCUUACGGUGUGAGUGUUCCUCAUUUCGCCCAACCGGAUGAAAUAAAGUGCAUUUCAAUUGAAGCAGAGUUUGUGUUGCACCUAGAUCCCGCCUUGCCAAUUUCAACAGAUGCGAUUCAACAACUUGAACAAAUAACUGGUUUGAGUAAUACAGAAAUCGCAGACCGCAAAGAGGAAGAUAUUAUGGUGUUGAUUUUACGACAGCACAAACAGGAGUAUUUGCGCGGGAUAAAUACUCAUUUACGAAACCCGAACCUUACGCAUCAUUCUUAUCAGAUCCAAAGUGAUGUUAAAGGUUAUCUUGUCAGCUCUGUACCUUUUACUUGUUCGAAUCAAAUUGGCGAAAUUAUUUCUAUACUCCGUAAACAAGCCUCAGCUUUAGCAUUUUACGAAACAUUCAUUGUUCACCCUUACAAGCCGGUAGAGAAAGAUUCUGAUCUGACGUUUUCAUUCAAUAUAAAAAUCAUGGCUGGUCAGAUGGUUUCAGUAGAAUUCAAUGAUCCUAAUUGUCUUGGAGCAGAAGUUCAUGCUUUAUUGCAUGUUCGACCGUUCGACGUUCAGUGUAUAGAAUUGCACUUCCCCUCCAAUAAAUCUAAUCCAGUAGGUGCAAGUAACAGUGAAGAAGGAAAAUCAUUGUCACCUAGCAAACUAUGUUUGGAAACUGAAAAAUCUCUGAUGGAUAACUUCAGUAAAAUUCUGACGAAGACUCACACACUACCGAUUGGAUUAGUUUGGUUAUUGACUCGACUGCAAUGCCCUAUUCAUAAACAACUAGAAAAUGUGAAGUUACCUUUAGGUAAUACAAGCAAAAGUAAUGAAAACAGUCAAAUUUCAUCAUCAAUCAGUCAAAAGAAACUGAGUUCAUUAAAAGCAAUGAUUAAUCGUGUUAAAAACUCUAUCGUAAUUCGAGGUACCACUGGCACUGAUGGUAUACUUUGUGGUGGGCAUCUUAAGACAUCAGUGGAUUUCGAGUCUUCAUCGUUUACUGCAGCACCGAUAUUCACUCUGAAUACAUCAAACUAUUUGAAUGGUUCUAAGAAAAUUCCUCCUUUGCCCCCAGGUGUUAUGGCUACACCACCUCCAGCUUUUACUCAUUUGGAUACAAAUUCAGGUGACCUUGGGAUUAUUUCUUCAUUGCGGCCUAUGAAUUCUCAAAACAAAUUUCGUGAUACACAUUCUAAUGCCAUAUCGACAGGUAUUUCAACAAAUCCUUCCCGUGGAUUAAGAUUAGAUGACUUACUGGUUGAUAGUACAUUCCAGUCGCAACCACAUGAUCAACAACGUAAUCUACCAGUUGUGUCAUUUCCUCACUCAUUGCCAACUUAUGCAUCAACUAUUCCGGGAACCCAUAGCACUAUUUUACCUGAUGUUAAAGAUACCUAUUCAAGCAUUAUUAACUCCAACAUUUCUGUUUCAAAUCAUUCAAUAUCUGGUAUGCAUUCUACAUCACAAAAGUCUUCAACAUCUAUUCUACCUGGGUCGAAUAAUAUUAUUCCUAGCUCGUACAGCAUACCUUCUAUUUCUGUUACCUCUUCCAUUUCAAUGACGUCCAGUUCGCUAUCUGUAACAAAAUCAAAGAGUUUCACGGCCUCUCCGGUCAUCGAUAGUUCAAGAGGUUCUUCAACCAGUGGAUCUAUGCUUGUCAAUCUCUUAAACGAAGAUUCACUUCCCAAUUCUACCCCUUUGAUUUCUCCAUCUACAAUGUCGGAUCGUCACCUUUAUACGUCUAGUCAUUCCCUAAUAAAUCUUCAGAAUGUACCUCUGACUUCAUCUGCAAAUACAAAUGUUCCUAGUAGUCGACUCUCUGGUUUGAUGUUACCCAAUAAUACACCAGCUGUCAGUUCAGAUACACAGUUAUCUCAGGGGUUCGGAAAGCCUUUGAGUUCAUCUGCACCGAACCUCACUGCAAAUAGCUCUCAGUACCUCCCUGUUCGUCACUCCAAUCCAAUCACAUUGAAUUCUGGCCGUACUAAACACUCAAACAUAAAGCACGGGCAAACUGGUUUGACUUCUGACCCUGCGACAAAUGCUAAAAAACCUCGGAAAAGACGUCGAGGGACAGUAGAAAGUGGUUUUAAUUGCGUGAGCAAUCAAAAAGUUAAUACUCCUCCGGGCGUGUACCCCAACUAUCCGACUUCAAAGCUUCAACGUGUUGAUACUACGUCACCUAGUGCUACUAAUUCAGUAACUGGAUCCUAUCAACGUGCUAACUUUAAUCAGACAAAUCCAAAUUUUGUUCCGUGUUCAGUGUCAUACGUCCAACAGAGUACAAUGUCGUCUACUAUACAGACUUCCAGUAUGUCUAUUUCUAAUCCCAGUAAAUCAGUAUAUGACUUUGACGAUACUCCUGGUUCAAUGUUUGAUGUUCCGGUUGGAAAUAUAUCAUCUUCCAAUUCCUUGUCGUUUUCAAGCGGGUCCUCAUUGACAAGUCCUAAGUCGAGUGUAUCUGCGAACCCACUUCAGUUGAGUGGUUUGACAGUUAGCAGUUCUAACCAAAUUGCAAACUAUCCUGUCACAACAACUGUGGCAUCGACCUCCAGUCUGGAAAGAACAAUCGAAAGAAAAACAAGUCUGAAAAUGACUAUUAAAACGAUUCCAUCCCAGCCAGUUACUUCGACUCCUAAAACUGGAGUAAAUUUUAGUCAGAAUGAAAUUGACAAGUAUAACAGAAUGCAGUCCGUUCAGUCGAAUUCAAUGCCUUCUAAUACACUUGAUUCUACUAGAAUGGCAGAUCAAAACCAUCCUUUAAUUUCUGUUAAAAAGCGCAAAAAACGUUCAGUAGAAGGAAAACCUUCUGCAUAUAUGUUACAAAUGCUUCAGUUAGCCAAUUCUUCAUCAAUGAGUGGUUGCGAAACCUCAAUUAUUACUACUAGCUCUGGUAUUGAUGCUUCUGGAACACCUGGUCAGCCAGAAAUCACUUCCGUUGUACUAAAUAAUCCUAACUUAAAACACAUCAAAGGAACAAACAAAGUAGUCGGUCACGGUUCCGUUUUAGUGAAAAAGGAACGUAAAAGACGAUUAGGACAUGGUUUUACUGAGAAGACCCAGUUUUCUUUUAUUCCAAGUAGCAGCACUUAUAAUCAAUUGGCAGAAAUCAACGAAGCUUCAAAUGUGCCAAAGCCAAUUAAAAUAAAUCGUCUUCAGAAACCGAAUACGGAUAUGCCAAGAGAUAUUAUUACUGGGUCAGUAGCUAAUACCAAUAUGUAUAGUAAUUACGUAUCUGUGUCACCAAACUCCCUUUCCUCAAAAAAGAAAGUUUCUGCAAUUACCUCUUUUUCUGUUGGUUCUGGUGUGACGAGUGGGUCCUGCAAUGACGAUAUGCUUGUUGCCAAGCGAUUAUUUCCUUCAUCUACUACUACAUCUCUAGUAAACAAUGAAAAACGCAAAAGAAAUGUUGACACCCUGAAACAACCUGUCACUUCUCAGCCUAGUUGUCCCACCUCUAGUACCCCAAGUGAUCCUGCGUUCACUGCGUCUCCACAGUUUGUUUCUGCUAGUUCAGAUCCAUCUCCUAAUGGCAAUGCGGCGCGUAAAGCACCUCGAUUACCUCAGAAUUCAGCAGCGAACUCAUCACGGGCACUAACUAUCCCUACAAAUCGUAUUCAGUCUAGUUCAGUAUGUAGUACAACAGUCAUGAAUUCCAGUGCAACAACUACAACUAUUGUUAACUCAUCAUCUGGUCUAAUUAAAGGUUAUAAGAUUCCAAAAAAGAAGAGCAUGAUCACCGAGGGUUUACCUAACAUCCAAUUACCUGAUGCAAGUAAUGAGAAGUCAUCCGGAAUACUUUCUUCUACACUUCGACAUAUACAAGAAAAUAUUUUGUAUCGUGAUACUCCAGAUUCUCAGUCACCGGAAAGAUCUAAUGAAUCAUCUCUAACCAUUGUUGAAAACUUGUACUCAAACUCUAAUGAUCGUAAUAAUGAGUGUACAGAGACCAUAAAUGCAAGUAUUUUCAAUGAUCCAGAGAAUAAUAACAAUGAUGUUGCGUUGAUUACAUCUGAUUCUCUAUCAACUUUCCCUCCUGCUAGUGUUGACAAUUCCAUGCAAUCAGUAUCUCAUGCAAUAACACCACAGUCUAAUACAUCUGCAUCUGGGCAAAUUGCGCAAUCAUUUCAACAACAGUUGCCACGUAAGUCUUCAGUAAAAAGCAUUAGUGACAUUGUUGACAAGUUACGAGCAAAGUCAACCACUGGGGUCCCUUCAGUCACUACGCCCACAUUUGUGAGUGGCUCGUCCGAAACCGGGAAUUCGGACACAACAAUAACUACUACAUCCGACACUCAAGAGUUGAGCUCUGACGUGGCUGAUCAGGUCGUUUGUAUACGUAGUAUGCCUAGAAGAGGUGAUGAAUCUCAAGAGCAAUGGCGAGAUAAUAUUUUUGAAAAAUUUUGCCAUAGUGGAACACCAACUCCACAUCAAGUAGAAGCUGGUCAAAGCAGUUUGUCCAAACUGGAUUCUGAAGGGGAUUUAGCGGCAUCGAAUGAUGUUGAUGAAGAACCUACUUGGGUUGCUGGCGAUAAAGGCACAUCAAUCACUAAUCCUAGUGAACAAUGUAUACCUAUGAGCAGUGCUAAUACGCUUGGUCUUUCUGCAAAUUCUCAGUCUACUUCCGACUCAGAUGGAAAGCAAGACAGAGAACAAUUUGAGAUCAUCAAGGCUAAUACAGAUACUCCAGCAUCACCUACAGAAUUCUUAACCGAUGUAUCAACACCUACUUCGAAUGUUUCAAGUAAAAUUAUCCCAAUAUCUCCUACAAGCGGAAAGUCUAUUGCUUCCCCGAAGUCUCUUUCUAGUCCUAAUGUGAAACCCAAUAUAAUAAGACAUAACUCUGCACGCUUUGAGAAGAAAACUGGAUCUGGACGUUUUUCUCGAUUAAGUGGAAAUGGAAUGACGCUACAUGGUAGCCUACUUCAACGUAAUAAUUCUGAUAGUUAUGGUCAUCCUGGUAGUGGACUUGGUCAUCCAAAUCGUCUUUUACGCGGUGGACUAAAUAAUCCGGCACAGUGGCAUAAAGGAAGACACCAUAGUAAGGCGCCAAAUUUUAAACCACCAUCGAAUUGGGGCUCAAUGAAUCUGGACUAUAGUAAUAUGGGUGUUUCCCCAUCCUCUUCUGCUUCUGCUGCCGCCGCUGCUGCUGCUGCUGGUGCUCCUCCCGUUCCAAACGAUGUUAACAAUGGGAAUAUGGGUCAUUGGAUGAUGAAUAAUGGGAAUAUGAAUCCAAACAAUUUGAAUAUGAUGCCGUAUAAUAGUCCGCAUUCUUUACCACCUCAUCAUCCAUAUCAUUCUGCUCCUAGUAGACCUAUGCGACCGAAUUAUCCUGGCCUUAGUGGAAAUACUGGGCAUAAUCUAUAUAAUGCUGGUAUGAUGCGAGGAAAUAAAAAAUAA